AUGGACACGUUUCUCUCCAAGCUAGGAGAGGCUAAUAUAACCUGUCCAAAUCUUAUAGUGGCCUUGAUUUCACCCCCUUGCCAGGGCUUUUCUGCCGCCAAUCCCGAUGGCAAAGAUGGCAAUAUCAAUCGUAAAGCGUUAUCCAUUUCAACACGCAUCCUGACGGCCACCAAUGCAUACUACGGAUUAAUUGAGAAUGUUACUGGGCUAACUUCUCCGCCACAUUUGCACCAUCUGCAUGAAGUCAUGAUCAAUUGCAUGAAAGCAGGAUAUCAAAGUCGUUGGGCCAUCCUUAACGCAAAAGAAUAUGGUGUUCCCACCAUUCGCAGAUGGCUAUUUCUGAUUGUUGCCAAACUAGGACUGACCAUGCCUGAUUUCCCUAAACCUACUGUAGAACAUCAUGCCAUUUCCACUACGUCUAUAGACAGUUGGCUUGUGGCCAAGUGGGAUGAGCCAGCAUGUACAAUUCGCACCUCGUGUAGCAAUCGUUGGGCGAUAAAGUCCUUCCCUGUGACGGAUCAAUACAGACAGAUUGGUAACGUUGUUGCACCCAAAAUGGCGCAAGCUCUUGGCGAGACUUUCAUGAAGGCCAUUCUGGCGGAUUUUCCUUCACUUCGUGCUGAAGGGUCUGGAGACGCUAGAGGGAUCAGCAAAGGUUCCUCGUCAACUCUCGGCAAACACGUUCGUGAAAACGAGGACCUUGAUAAGGAUAUGAGCAAUAAAAGAUGCCGUAAGGGAUAUCUGUGA